AAGAAGAAGAAGAAGAAGAAGAAGAAGAAGAAGAAGAAGAAGAAGAAGAAGAAGAAGAAGAAGAAGAAGAAGAGAUUGAUACUAAACUUUCCAUAAUCCAAGGGCCACCACUAAGUCCACAGCCCCUCUCAUAGUAUUCUCACAGUGAUGUGGGUUAGAUUCUAGCGAGAACAACACACAGAUUUGGAUAAGGAAUUUGAUCUUGAUAUUCUCUUUGACCAUUGUAGUGGACUCUGCAGGCAAUGCAGCAUGUUACUGCUGACCCCUACCACCAGGGAAACGUCAGGAUGACCCUGGAGAAGUCUGACCUCUGGAAGUCCUUCCACAACCUAGCGACUGAGAUGAUCAUCACCAAACAUGGCCGGAGGAUGUUUCCCCACUGCAACAUCAGUCUAUCUGGACUCCAACCCUAUGCCAACUAUGUCCUCAUGGUGGAUAUGGUUCCUGUGGACAACUUCAGAUACAGGUGGAAUAAGGGCCAGUGGGACAUGGCUGGGAAAGCCGAGCCCCAGCUCCCCUGUCGGACAUACGUGCAUCCAGACUCCCCCGCUCUGGGCUCCUACUGGAUGAAGCAAUCUGUGUCCUUCCUCAAGCUCAAACUCACCAACAAUACUCUGGACCAGCACGGCCAUAUCAUCCUGCACUCUAUGCAUCGCUACAUCCCACGCUUCUCUGUGGUCCAGGCUGACAGUCUGUACAGUGUGCGCUGGGGACACUUCCAUUCCUUCUCCUUCCCUGAGACCUCCUUCACUGCAGUCACCGCCUACCAGAACACUAAGAUCGCUAAACUGAAGAUUGACCACAAUCCCUUUGCUAAGGGAUUCAAAGGGGAGAAUACCCGUACUCAUAGCAAGAGGUGUCGAUCCAACAAGAGUCUUGGGAAUGCUACAAAGAAAGCCAAACAAGACAAAGACCCAGGAAACAAAAGUCCCCCAGACCUCCAGAGGGCAAAAUUAGACUGUGAGCCAGAGGAACAGAGGAUAGAGAUCGUGGUUUCGGAUAAGGAGGAUCUCUUGUCCCCCUGGGCCUUGAAACAGGACCCGUCCCAGAGCCACAGCCUGCACACUGAACUACUGGAGCUCCACGACCACAGACAGGACUACAGCACUGAGGAGCAGAUGGUGCCUGGCCCUGCAUCUAUGUCCUACCAACCAUACAGAUCGGUUGAGUAUGGCAGACUUCCCUCUCCCUCCACUAUAGUGGAGGAUGGCGAAGGCAGGCGCAGCUAUGAGUCUCAUGUUCCAGAUGUAGCCACUGUCCCUGGGCACGAGACUACCAGACCUGUCCCUGUUAGGGACAUGGGUCACCCUCACCACCACCACACCUUGGCUCCAGCCAUGCCCCAGGACUACAGAGUGUCCCCGGUCCAUCUGCCCAUGUCCUCCAAAACCUACCCUGGGCACCUGGGUUACAGUUACCCCCUCUAUAGCCACUACUCCACUGACCAGGGCAUGGGUCAGUGGGCUGAGGGUGGUACAGGACAGUACUCUGGACCGUACUUUCCUCACCACCUACCCUUCCUCACCAGUCAAACGCUGACCGCAGACCAGGGCACCCCCCAACGCAGUGUUUAUCACCAUGGCAACAUAAUGGCAGAGUGGAGCCAGAACUUGAGUUUGGACAAUGAGGCUGAUCUGGCAAUCAGAUCAGAAUAGCUGACUCAGACUCAUAAAGCGAAGGAGCGGGCUUUUACACUGUGAACAAAGAUACUUGUGAUAGUUCAGAAAAAUUUCAGAGGUGAAAAGUCUAUGAUCUUUGUGCAUGAUGUCCAAACAAAGAUAUCUUAAAGUGUGUUCUUUGAACUUGUUCUCUGUGUGUCAAGAGGAGUGUGUGCCAUUUGUGGUUCCCAGUCUAUUCAGGCCUGCAGUCAUAUUCAGCUGAAAGAGCAGAAGGCUAUGUCAUGCUAUAUACUGGACUUAAUGGACUGAGCCUGCUCUCCUACUGUGCUGGUGCUCCAUUUGAACUGCCUUCAAAUGUUUGUGAGCGUCCAUGCUUGUAUGACAUAUGUAAUGUGUGUCUGUUUGUGUGUUUACUCAUUAAAGUUAUGAUUACUGAGAUCAGAAUAUAACCAAACCCACUGGGUACAGACGUCAGUUCAAUGUCUAGUUUUGAUUUACAUUUGGUUGAGUUGUCAACGAAAGUGAAUUAAAUGUGAAAUAAACAAACUAUUUCACCAUGUCACUGGAUUUAGGUUAAAGAUAGGAAAUUCCCUUACGUUGAUGACUUUCCCCCAAUUCCAAUCUGUUUUCCACAUUGAUUCAACAUCAUCACAUUUCAUUUUUGGUUGAAAUGAUGUGGGAACAACGUUGAUUCAACCAGUUUUUGCCCAGUGGGAAAGGAUUUCAUGAUAUUCCAAAAUAAAUAUAAUUCAGAAUCAA